AUGGCCAUUCCUGAAUCUGAAGGGGAGGGUUUUAUUAAAGAAACGAUGUAUGUGGAGUAUGAAUGGAGUCCGCAUCGGUGUGCUACUUGUUGUGUGUUUGGCCACAAUAUUGAUGCUUGUCCGAAACAACCUAUGAAACCAAUCAAGGCUUUGCAUGAGGAGCACAAGCGAAAUGUUCAAAAAAAUCGAUCAACAAAAAAGAUGCAUGUUGUGGAUCAGGAUGGGUACACAGAAGUCCAUGGUAAGAAAGCUGCUAAAAAAGUUGGAAUUCCUGUCAAUAAGCAAAAAUCUAGAUUCGAAUAUCGUCCUGUAGGGCCGAAACCAAAGGGAGACAGUAACAAAGCUUCGAGUUCGAACAGUAAUAGAUCGAAUAACCCAUUUGAUAUUCUUAAUGAAGUGGAUGCUGACUCGGGUGCCACUAUCAAGAAUUCGGGUAUGGACAAUGAGGAUACUGAUGACGAUGUAGAAGAAGUGUACAAUGAAACGGAUGGUUUUAUGAUGGAAGGUACUCUUAAUAUAAAAAGCAAAGGGGCAAGCACUCCUUCUCCGAUAGUUAACAAUGAGUCUCAUGUGGAUGUUGGUAAUAUGGGUAAAGUUUGUAACUCCGUGUUUCGCUCGUGGGAUUGGAGUUCAAAUGGAGGGUGUUGUGACAAAGGCACGAGAAUUAUUAUCGGAUGGAACCCGGCUAUUUUUGAUGUGAUGAUUCUGUCGCAGUCUCCUCAGGUUAUGCAUAUUCAGCUUGUUUUUAAAAUUGAUAAAAGAAUGGUGUUUUGCUCUUUCGUUUAUGCUGAUAACUAUUAUGUCUCUCGUAAAGAAUUAUGGCAUAAUUUGUCCUUGCACAAAGUCCUGGUUGGGAAUAAACCUUGGUGUAUCAUGGGUGAUUUUAACACGGCUCUGAAUAUUGAAGAUAAUUCUAUGGGAUCGUCGUCGGUAUCUAUUGGCAUGAGAGAUUUUCAAGAGUGUGUGGAUGAUAUUGAGGUUGUUGAUAUUAACCGAAUGGGGAUCCAUUAUACUUGGAGCCAAAAGCCAAAAAAUGGGGUAGGCCUUAUGAAGAAAAUUGAUCGAGUUAUGGGAAACACUCCCUUUGUUGCUGAAUACCCGAACUCUGUUGCCUUUUUCAAGCCAUACAGACUUUCUGAUCAUUGUCCGUGUUUGUUAUCGUUUCCGGAAGCUGGUAUAGUGAAGCCGAGGUCGUUCAAAUUUGCUAACUUUUCGGUUUUCAAACCGGAAUUUUUGGGAAUUGUUAAAAAUGUUUGGGAUUCUACUGUGAGCGGAAAUCUUCACAAGAAAGUGGAAGCUCUUCAAUCGAAACUAGAUGAUAUUCAGCAAAGUGUUGACCAAGACCCGAAUAAUGUUGAUCUCCGUGUGGCUGAAAAGGAGACUAGCCGUGAUCUCCUAGAAGCUUCGCUGGACGAGGAGCGUUUUCUGAAACAAAAGUCAAAGGUUGAUUGGUUAAGGGUGGGUGAUACGAACUCUGCUUUUUUCCAUUCUUCUCUAAAAAUCAGAAAUCAUUGUAGCCGAAUAGAUGUGAUUAAAGAUUCGGAUGGAAAUCUCUAUGAAGGUGAUGCGGUUUUUCAAGCUUUUGUUAAUCAUUAUCAGAAGUUUUUUGGUAAUCUUCUUUGGGAAUUGAAUCACACGACUAUUGUUCUUAUUCCGAAGGUGCCUACUCCUGCGACUGUUAUUGACUAUCGACCAAUUGCUUGUUGUAACGUUUUAUACAAGUGUAUAAGCAAGAUUGUUGCUGAUAGAAUUAAAGGUGUGCUAAAUGACAUUGUUAGCAUUAAUCAAUCGGCGUUUGUUCCAGGAAGGAGAAUAUCUGAUAAUAUUAUACUCACGCAAGAAUUGAUGCAUAAUUACCAUAGAAGUACGGGUCCUCCUCGAUGUGCGUUUAAAGUUGAUAUACAGAAAGCUUAUGACACUGUUGAUUGGAGAUUCCUCAAGAGUGUUUUGCUUGGUUUUGGUUUUCACGGCAAGAUGGUGGAUUGGAUCAUGGUUUUGGUCUCUACGGCAUCGUUUUCGAUCUGUGUCAAUGGCUCUAUGCAUGGUUUCUUCAAAGGUAGCCGCGGUUUAAGACAAGGGGACCCGAUUUCCCCUUAUCUUUUUACUCUAGUCAUGGAAGUCCUAACGGCCAUUCUUCAACAUGCGGUUCGUAUUGAUUCAUCCUUUAAAUUUCAUAACAAAUGUGAAAGACAGCAAAUUAUAAACCUUUGUUUUGCGGAUGACUUGUUCAUUUUUGCUAGAGGAGAAGUCAACUUGGCGAGAUGCAUUUUGACAUCUCUUUCUAAUUUUACAAAGAUGUCGGGGGGUUUGGGCAUUAGACGAAUUGGGGAUAUGAAUAAGGCUCUUAUGCCAUCUCACAUUUGGAGUAUCGUUUCUAAGCGAGAUUCGUUGUGGGUUCAGUGGGUUCAUAGCUAUCAUUUAAAAGGUAAUGGUGCGAGGACUUCGGCCUGGUUCGAUUUUUGGUGUGAUCCGGGUCCGUUAAGUGACUUUCUAUCUCCGAGAACCAUUACCGAUGCGGACUUUAAGCUAGAUGAUUCAGUGGCUAAUGUCUAUUCUAGUGAUUCUUGGAGAUGGCCUACGGCUUGGAGAGAUUUGUUUCCGGUGCUCAUCCAUCUAGAUCAGAUGCACUUAAUUCCAACAAAACAAGAUAGACUAUUUUGGAAGGAUGGUAAUGAUUUAACCGAGUUCUCUUCGUCGAAUGUUUGGCAUUCGGUUCGGUACAAGGAGCCGGAAGUUAACUGGUGCAAUAUUGUUUGGUUCUCGCAGUGUAUCCCUCGGCAUGCUUUUAUGAUGUGGUUGGUCAUGAAAGUGAGGCAAAAGGUGGGUAUGUCAUCGGUUACCCCGAAAUGGAGGGAUAUUGUAGAUUGGUUACUUGCUCGUGCUCGGUCAAAAUCGGUUGCGGUCUAUGUUGCUAAGCUUCUAAUGGCGGCUGCUUCUUAUUUCAUAUGGCAAGAGAGGAAUAAUCGUUAUUCAAAAACCAGCUGA